AUGUCGAGAUCCUCCACCUCACGUUUAACGCAGAGACUUGGUGCCGAGGUGAACUUUGGGACAUCCAGUGCAACACAAUCAUUGGCAGAUGCACAGCUAAAUUCUUCACUUGAAGAAAGCAUGGCAUCUUGGACUUCUGAAGAAGAAGCACGAAGGAUGGUUGAUUACCGUGACAUACUAAGCCUUACUAAAGUUCUCAGUCAUGGUCCAAAAAGCAAAGCAGAUAUUGAUAUCAUUAUUGGAAGGUGUGCUGGUGCAGGGCAUUUACGAGAUGAUAUCCUUCAUUAUAGCAAGGAACUUGAGGCAGUUCCCCAUGAUGACGAUGAACACCGAGCAUACCUCAUGGAUAUGGGCAUUAAGGCUGUUCAUUCGCAGGCGUUACUUUUUCCUUCUCACAUUCCGGUCUUACCUUUACUGCACAUCUCCAACUGAGACAAAAUUCACAUCUUGGAUGGAUGCAACGCCUGAACUUGGACAUCUCUGUGAUAAUCUUAGAAUUGCAUGA